AUGUUAAUGUCUAGAUUGAACGAGUAUCAAGUUAUCGGUCGUCGUCUCCCCACCGAGUCGGUCCCUGAACCAAAGUUGUACAGAAUGAGAAUCUUUGCUCCUAACGUUGUUGUUGCUAAGUCUCGUUACUGGUACUUCUUGCAAAAGUUGCACAAGGUCAAGAAGGCCUCUGGUGAAAUUGUUUCCGCUAACGUCAUUGCUGAAGCUAGACCAACCAAGGUUAAGACCUUCGGUAUCUGGAUCAGAUAUGAAUCCAGAUCUGGUAUCCACAACAUGUACAAGGAAUACAGAGACGUUACCAGAGUUGGUGCCGUUGAAACCAUGUACCAAGAUUUGGCUGCUAGACACAGAGCCAGAUUUAGAAACAUCCACAUCUUGAAGGUUGUUGAAUUGGAAAAGACCGACGACGUCAAGAGACAAUACGUUAAGCAAUACUUGACCAAGGACUUGAAGUUCCCAAUGCCUCACAGAAUCCAAAAGUCUGCCAAGUUGUUUGCUCCUAACGCUCCUUCUACUUUCUACUAA